GCUGCUCCAGAUCCGUGCCACAUUCUCGAGGCCCACCUGACCUCCAACAACGCGGCCCUCAAGGCCGCGAUCGUGGAGGCGGCGGUGGCGAGCGUGCAGGCCAAGGAAGUGCUCCUGCUGGGCGUUGUCUGCCCGCCCGUCCAGAGCGAAUUCUUGUCCAUCGUCGCCUCGCUCGUCCCCUUUUCGUUCGGCCUCAAGGAGCGCUCCACCCGCUGGGUCUCAUCUCUCCGCAUGAAGCCCGAAACGACGGAGCCGCUGGUGAACACGAUGGGCCACAUCAUGUCGGCCACGCUCGAGCUCGCGGCCCUGGUUGAGGGCGGCGAGCGGGAGAAGGCCACAACGCGCCUCCUCGAGCUGAUCGAGGACUUGGACUACGAAGUGCGUGCGCUCGCCAUCAAGUUUGCCCUCAAGGCCCUCCAGUCCGACACCUCACUCCUGUUCGAUUGGCAGCGCGUGCAGGGCACGUUGCUGCAGCGGCUGCACACGGAGUCGCACCACACGUGCAUCAAGCACCUCCUGGCCCUCCUGUUCGUGUUCCCCGUCCCGCUGCCCGACAGCGUGCUUCUGGGCGACGCCGCCGUCGGCUCCGCGCUCGACACACAGACCUUCUUCGCGCACCUGCGCGGGCUGCUCGACCGAUGGCCCAACGGCGCGACCCGCGAGAACAUCGUCUCCCACAUGGGCGUCUACCUUUCCCAGCUGCUGGGCAGGGCGGAGGAGGCGCGGGAGAAGCUCGGCGCGGGGGCGCUGAGGGACAUGCUGUCGGUGUGGUCCGGCAUCAUCCAGCAGGCAGUGCUCGGUGCCCGAGAUGGAGUGGACCUUCCGCCUGGCGGUGGCCCGCUCCAUCCACGCCUCGGGCAUCUGCGACUACAAGCCCGGCACGUGGGCGGAAGCUUGGUACGCACUCGAGCAGACUUCGCUGACCGCGCGGGCGAUCGUUGUGCGCCUGCUCGAAGACGACGACGACACCGUGCGCGACGAGGAUGA